UGGUCCCGGCUCCGCCCCUGGCCUGCUGGGUAACCUCGGGCAAGUCCCUUCCCCUCAGUUUCCCCCCUGACCCUCCUCUGCGAAACGUUGUGUCCCAGCUGGUUGGGAGCUUCCCUUGGAGGUCAGCUGAUGGAAAGUGCGAGCCAAGAGCCGGGGGCGCGGGGGGCGUUAUCUGAAAAAUGGAUUUUCAGAGGCGCCGAGCCGCUCCGGAUGGGAGCUCAGCGUGGCUGAAAAAAAUCACAUCCAGUGCGACUGAAGUGAGGCACCCAAAACCUGAAGGCCUCAGAAUUGGUGGCCACUUUUGAAAGCUUGGGCCUCUUAGUACCACACCCAAAGUGCAUCCUUUAGAGUCCUAAAUGCUGACCAGUGGGCGUCCUGUCUUGUAACUGUAGCAUGAGGACGAAGCAGAUCAGCUGCAGGUUUGAGUACUCCUGCACGCAAAUGACAAUGCAGCUUCUGUUCACCAGUCAAGGGGAUUUGUGUAUUUAUUGUUGAUUUAACUAACUGUGUAAACAUAUUCAAAAUGCAUGUAGCCCUUGGGCUACUGGCUAGUUGCCAGUGCUGCCCUCACCAAAUUAGGGCUCCCCUGGACUAAGCUUUAGAUGCCACCACAAUUGCACAAAGUCAAGAAAGAUCGAGUCAAAGGAAGGCGAAGAAACAAGGUGUUAAAUAACGCAUCACUGGCAAAAGGCCUAUGAGCAUCUGGUUUUCCAACUCUUGUUAAUUUGAUGAAUACGGUGGAACAUGAAUGUUGGCAUCCCCCUUGGAGUAACAGACGGUUUAUGCACUUGAGAAGAGGCGUUGGAUUAUGAAGGUGUCUUGAGAAGCAAUGGCCACAGUAGCACCUCUGAACAUAGCACCAUCUGAAUGCAACACCACUUCGGGCACUGCAGAAGCUUUCAUUUGGAGGUCAAACACCAUCAAUAUGCAUGUUACCCGGCCGAAAUCUGCCAAGGGACGUACAAGAUCAAGCUUGAAUUACUCCCAUAGUGUGGAGGCCUAUUCUUAUAGAGUGCCAUCCUCUCCUCAGCCAGCAGCUCCCUAUGAAGCAGCAAGCAAUCAAAGAGCAUCAUCUACCAAACCAACUUACCAGCCUGGGCAGGUGUCUCCUGAUGAAAUCCCAGAGCUCCUCCAACAAGUACCCUUGAGGACCUCCUCUUCCCUAAAUAAGUACAGAGUGCUCCCGUCCAUCAGCAGGAAGGGCUUGGGGAAGAGUGUUGUGGAAACAGUGAUCGAACAGACCAACAAACUGAAAAUGAGUAGUAGACAGGAGGAGGAGCAACCAUCCAAAGCUCUUCCUGAAGAGGAAAAAUCCACUGGUAUAAUGACAGAGAAUGAAGGGGCUAGAGGGGAAUACUCAAAAGUCCAACCUCCCAUUUCUGAGAAGAAGCCGUUAAGGAAAACAAGAGAAGAAAGCUCUUCAUCAGUUUUAAACUUGGAGGAGCCACUGAAGAAAGAACCAAGACUGCUGCUUGCCGUUAGGUCUCCUUCUGGUCAAAGAUUUGAACAUCACUUCAGGCCUACAGACAGCCUUCAGACGGUCCUUGCUGUGGCAGAACAAAAGCACACAACCAAAUACAAACACUGUCGUGUUGAAACGAUGGAAGUGCCUAGGAGGAGCUUUCCUGACCUUACAAGGUCCCUGCAAGAGUGCGGGAUCCCACACAAGUCAGUGUUGUGCAUUCUCCAGGAAGUGCAAGAUGGAGAUCUCUAAAUGUACAGUGAUGUUACACAACUUCCAUCACCCCUUAGCAUGUAACUCUAUUGGAUGCCAUGGACUUCCCUUUGAUGAGUGGUCUAAGAACUGAACCAGCCUGAUCUGUUUCAGUGGUCUACUUCUUAGUCCCACUGUCUUCUGAGUGCUUCCCUUGAAGUAGACUUGUAUAUAAAUGGAGUGUGCUGAAAUACUUAAUUAUUUUAAAGUGUAUGUACACACCACCCAAGAGUAUCUAUUUUUUCCAUGUGUACAAUCACAAUUCACUUUAAGAGUGGGCAUCAGCUUCUGGGCUUUGUAGUAUUUCUAAAUGGUUUUAAAAAGAGUUUCUAUUCCUCUGGGAAGACCCACUUUUCUGAUGCCCUCUCUUCUGGUGGUGGGAGGCCUGUCUCGUCUUCUCUGGUUUUGCUCCAGGAAUGCACCACCUCCCCAAAUUAAGUCUGAGUCAGGAUAAUACAUGGAGCUGGGAAGACACAAGCAGCACUAUUUUGAUUCCUUAAAGCUAUAGGAAUGGCCUUCAUAAUAAAGUAGCUUGUUGGCUGCAAGAACAGCUACAAUGGUCAAUACACAGAAAAUGGUCUCAAAGCAGUAACUCCAAACAGUUGGUGAGAGUAAAUAUGUUGCUGGGAUGUGUUAAAAGUACAAGGUCAAUGGUAAAGUACAUUCAAGAAUCAAACCAUUCCUGUAUAAUCUCAGUGUUUUGAGUACGCCUACUUUGUCUUCUCAUAAAAGGAAAGUCAUGGUUAAGGUGGUCUGAUUCCUCUAUGGAUACAAGGACGACUUUUUUUUUUAAACUCAUUAGCUUUCUUUCUUCAGUGAGUGCGUAAGAUUGUGAUGCACACCUGUAAAUCAAGAAAUCCAGAGCUAAGGGUGGAUUGUCUGCUGUAACUUUGAAUUUCAGUGCUGUUUGCUACUGCAAUUUAACGUUUUUAAAUUGAACUGCAUUAAGCUGAGCAAUUACCUGUUGCUUUUGUGUUUUGGCUAAAUACAUAAAGGAAGCGUUCUGCUGGGGCUGUUAUCUACCGAAUAGACUGUGCCUCAAACUAUUGGGACUCUUCUAGAGCUAUUUAUUUUCUAUAGUUCAGAAAAAUCAACCUGUUCAAGUAGAACGGCUUGGCCCUGUGGUUUUGUAUUAACGCAGCUGCUGUGCAUGUGCUAAAAAGCCUCAUUUUUUAGUGGAAAAUGUUCCUGUCCAGGUGCAGUCGCUGAGUUUGAACACCCAGUGUAAUAAAAGAAUGGAUCAGGCUACCUGACCGGCCACCUUGCCAAAUAAUAGGCUCCUUUUGAGUAUUACAGGUGAAACAAAGGCAGUGUUUUUGCCUCUCUGUAAUGGCCAAACCAACCUUUUGUAAAGGAUGGUAGAAUAUUUGCUCUUUACUGUGAUCACAUAUGCUGAAUUUCAGUCAAAAGCAAAUAUUCAUAGGCCAGCAAUUAAGCCCCAUAGAACAAGACAGCUGCUGAAAUACUAGCACUACCUGAUGCUGCAAGUGGUGACACUGGUCUGUUGACUUCAACAGCAACAUUUAGAGGACUACACUAAGCUAGAAGCAUUCUCAACUGCCUUCGGGGGUAUAACUGUAUCAGAGGUUUCUAAUGAGGAUUACAACUAAGCGAGCUAGGAACAUGGUAAAAAGAAUGUUUCACUAUGAAAAUUGCCAAGAGCAAUGGGAAGAACAAACUAACUGUAUGAUUAAUUUUUUACAUGGAAGAAUACAGCCUAUUCUGCUCUGAACUUAGCAUUGGCUGUUUGUGAGAGAUGGCUGGUUCAAGUGGCAGAAUGGAGUGUAGUGUUGUUGGCCAGCACACCGCAGCAUAGAAGAGCCCGCUAAUGCUAAAGAAUGCAAACCACCUCCAUAAGCAAAGUGUUCAGUUCUUUUUGAAUAAAUCUGUGCUAUUAAUUGGUGGCUUCCUACCCCCUUUUUAAAUAUUUAGUUGUGAAAUGUGACCAAAGCUCUGUAAGAUGUUACCACAGUCAUUGCUUCCUCCUCUACAGGGAGUCCAGAUGGUUUUCAAACCUUUUCCACUGUAAUGCACCUGUUCGUCACAUCUUGGCUAGGAUAAAGGGAAUAUCAGGAUAGUGUCCUGAAGAACUUGGCUAUGAAAAAAUCAGUGAGCAACUUCACUGGAAACUAUAGCUUGUUGCAGGCAUUGUUUCAGUAACUACUGCAGAUUUUAUGCAUUGAUAUAAUCUCUUCCCCCACAGAUCAGCUAGGCUAAGGGAAGUGGUGGAAAAAUCAGACUUAAAGCUAUAAAACAAAUACUGGGUCAAGUACAGUCAAUUUACUGUUUGAGAUGUGUGUAUGAUGUUACAUUUAAACAAUGUUAAAUAAACUGUUUUAAGUGUGAAGCUAA